GGGAGGUUGUAGCGUCCGCCCUCCUUCCCCUCGGGUUCGUGUGUCUGAAGCUGUACGCCGGACUUCGAUUUAUAUUUCGUCUUAUUUCAUUUCCUUUUUUUUUUUUUUUACUUUUAUUUAUUUAUUCUAUAUCAGUGAUUCUCUUUGGAGGAAAGAAAUUCGUCGAUGUUUUCAAGCAUCAGACUAUACUUGGAGAAAGAAAAGAAUACGUUCAUUGAGGUAAAGUUUGUUUUUGAAGAAUAUGCUUCCAUGAGAAAAAGGCAAAAUCAAGGAGUGCAAAUCCCUGAAUGAACUGUGCAGGCACACACAGUCGUAAAUACACAGAGCCGUGCAGGUGAGAGACAAGAAGCACGGAGUGAAGCAUGCCAAAAACCCGUGCACGUGGUAGCAGCAGCGUCGGGUAGGCUCCCGUGACCCAAAAGGCCGACUUACACACCGUACAGAAGAGCCAAGCAGGUAUACGAAUACACAUUGUGCAAUGCAGGCUCCCCGCCCCGGCCAGAACGAGGCCAUGGGAUAUCGGUGACUGCAUUGUGACUCUACUGACGGUGAACAAGGAGACUUCAAGUGGUUUCAAGGGCGUCACGAAAUAGAGACCACAAUCUCGUUCCAAACAAGCUCUACCCAGCUGUGAAGAAGUUGCAAGAGACAAGUGUGAAAUAUACAAAAAGAGUUUCAACUAGAGCUCGGUUUGUGUGAAGGAUCGAAAAAGUUUAUAUGUGUUUAUAAUGUGUUGUGUUGACGGUGUUAAAUGUACAAAGGAAAUAGAAAAAACACAAUAAACGAAGAGCAUAAAUACACUCGCCGAUUCAUAGGAAUACAAACAAAAGCAAAUGGAAAGUAUUAAUGAAGAAAAAAAAAUGAAAGGUAAAUGUCAGUACUAGACGUCUGUGUGGAUAGAUCUGACAUCUCAUUAUGAUGCACUAAGACAAAGACACAAAAACUGACAAUGAAUUAAAAAAUGUAUUUUGACUUUGCUAUCGGUAAGAAGCAGAGGUGACGACAAGUACUAUGGUGUUAUUCAGAAACCUUUGUUAUCAUUGUUAUCUAAAAUCAGAAACUGGUAUUUAACCCGUCACAACACGUCUUAUUCCUAAAUGUGUGCUGCUAAGUGAUUUUUAUUGUUGAGUUAUUUGUUGAUAAAUACAUACUCUAUAUCCUGUAUCGCAUCCGUAAGUGUGUACGAUGAACAAGAAAAGAGGUUUGGCUAAUAUGACGGCAGCAACACCUCAGUAAUGGAAGCCACACUGACAACAAGAUGCCUCCAGACAGCUCUCUCCUCGACGCCGCCAUCCGCUGUCACUUCCCAACAGACACUCGCAGAUCAGAAGCCUUCCCAGGAACUCUCUCCCGAUUCGGGGAACGGAGAAGACCUGGACGAGUUUGAUCCUCUGAAGGCCUCCCCGAAAUGCUCUGACACGAGGAACGAAAGCGACCAGGAAGCGCUGAGGAGCCUUAGUAACUCGACGAUCUCCCCGUUCGACUGUUUCGACAAGGGCAGAGAUAUGACAGCAGUGGAAUCGUCGGAGGCCAACCAACUAAGUGUCGAGAAAGACGGUUCACCGGCGAGUGAGUCAGGAGGACAAGUAACUAUAGAUAGUCACAAGGAAAGAUCAAAGGAAAGUGAAAGAAAAGAACAGUUCUCAACACUCAGUGAAAAAGAAGCGAAUUUGAUAUCACUGGAGGAAAAGCCACAAGUCUCCCUAAUUUCACCAAACCCUGGAACGCAAAAUAUACCUAAAGAGAGUAUUGUACAUUAUUCAGAUGCUUUCAACAAUAGAGUGCUUAAUUCCUCCAUCCUCGCUACAUGUGGUUCCUCCCUCCCAUGUGGACCUUUUUCUAAAUCUUGUACACCCAUAAAAAAGAACCAAAAGCACCAAGAAAUGAGUGGGCCCUUCAGUCUCCCUGAAGGAAAAGGGGCAUUACAUGAUGGUAUAUUUAAAACUCUACCAUAUCAGCUUAACUGUGAUAAAACAAAAAGAGGACCCUUCAGUAUCCACAGCCUUGAAGCAGCACAGGAACCUACAACAUGUACAAACCUUUACUACCCUGAGUAUUAUAGUAAUUAUCGUAGUCGUCUCGUAAGGAGGUAUACAAAUCCAGAGGUUGUGAGGACACAGCCAAUGUCAGGGGGCCUUCAUACCACGUCUUGUGAGCUUAUAACAUCUCUGCCGGGACAGUGCGCAUGUGUCAACCCUGGUACGAGCCAUGCCUGUGCAGCCAGACCCACACAUAAGUUGUCUCCAGGUGUUCUCAACCCUGUCUUUGACCAAGGAAGUUGUGAAACUCGUGUUACUUUUGCCUCGAUGCCUUCCACACCAAGAAAAUUUUCACUUGAUCUAAAUUAUAUUCCAAGAGAUUUCAGUUUACCUGAAUUUCCUCAAACAGCCGUAUCUUCUGUCAUUCCCAUCCGUCUAAAGGAGGGAACUCCACUUGUCUCUCUUGAUUCAGCCAAGCCUGAGUAUCAGUGCCUCUCGUCACAGCCUUCUCCGCCUAUUGUCUCUUCGUCUGGGGAACAGAGCCAUCACUGCCAUCAAAACACAGACACAAAUUCUUCUGCAAGAUCCCAGGGAGUAUCAGAAUCUUCCUACAGUGUAACUACAAGUAGCUCAGCUUCUGGUACAGGUUUAGAAUCCUUAGCCUACAAAGACCUGGGCAAAGACCUACCCAGCCUUAAUGCUAUGGCAAAGGUGCUAGGAACGGUGAGGAGUAGUGUGAAACCUCCCGUUCUCACCUCACCAGACUGGUUUAGUUUCUUAACUCCUUCCCAGGAAUCUUACACUCAAAAACUCUUCACUCCUGGGGAUCUACAAGAAGAACUCAUGUAUCCUGCGCCAUAUGGUAUCUCUUCAGAAGUCUAUCAAAAUAUCAAUGCUCAGGAAGCUGACUUUGUCCUUCUUAAACCUAGUCGGAAGCCUAGAACGGAACCUUUGCCUCCACUUUCAAAGGCAGACACAGCACCCAAGGAUAGUGAUUCUAAAACAUCAACUACAGUAAAGACUACUGACGUGAGCUCAUCAUCACAGUCCACUACACAGAGUGAGACCACCAGCAUUCAGAAUAAAGUCACCACUACCUUGAGUUCCGAAACGAAAAAAACUGAGAGUCCUGCAGGUUUAAUUGAACCUUUGGCGACGGAGGAUGAGGAGGCACUGAAGGAAGGUGCACAAGAGAGUAGAAAAUUGAGCUUGAGUGAGAGGAGGAAAACCAGUCUCGAAAAAAUAUACAUACCCAGAGCAGUGGAACCAGUUUCUGUCUUGGAUGUAAAAAUUGAUAACUUUGAUAGAGAUGAAUAUGUGUCAUACAAGAAGACUCUUGGUGAAAAUGAUGUACUCAUACCUGAGUGCCCUCUCCUUCCCUGUAAUUCGAUGCUUACAGACCUUUCAAAAAUUGCCAAAACGAGAAGAAACUCCAAAGGAAACAAGAGCACUGAUUCCGAAAGGUCAAGAAAAUUACCAAUCAUAACAGAUCACAUAAUGGAGACAAAUCUUGAAAAUCUUAACAAAACCCAUGAGCAAAAGACUUACUCCAGAAAACAAAGCAUACCGAAGAAUGAGGUCCCUCAAAAGGACAAUAAAAAUGUUAAAAAUAAGUUGAAAACAACGAAAGACAAGGAGUAUGACCAGCUAUCACAUGAAAAUGUAAAGAAUACCGAUAAAUCAACAGAUAUUAAAGACAAUAAUAAUUAUAUCAACAAUAAUAAAAAGUCUCAGAAAAACAUGGCAUCCCCAGUGACUUCACCCACGGUGGAAGACCCAUUUUUCCUUCAAGAUCAAACACUACCAAAGAGACCAAAUGCUCUACGGAAGCAGUCCCUUCCGACGGAGGAACUGUUUGGAGCAAGGCGCCCAAGAGCCAAUAGGAGAUCUAGUCUUAACCCUUCGUCAGAUUUUCUACAGCCGGGAAGGGCUGCUUGCAGAGGUUCCUUUCCUACAGUCCGAGAGACGGAAGAACACAGUUUCCUGUUUGAGGAUGAUGCCCCCAGGAGAAAAUUGUGGCACCGACGACAUGUCCUAAACGCCCGCAACGGAGAGGACUACUUUGUUCCUCCAUCAGAAAAGAAGGAGGGAAGCCCUGAGCGCCCGGGGAGAGGAAGAAGCAAAACCGGGCAGCGGAAGAGGGAUAAGCUGUUCAUCAACAGAAAACCCGAAUGGAAAAGUUACUGCGAGAACUCAAUCACAAUCAAAACCAGUGCCAAAAGAAGCGACGGUCAAUCAAAUGGCAUGAGGAAGGUGGACACAAAUGCCGCAAAAUCUGAGAAUUUUGGCAAAUUCUCGGCCUCCUCCCGCCAUCGCGAUCUCUCCACCAACAGUGACGACAGCUCUGACUCCCCUGGCAAAGGCUAUACAGGUCUCGACGACAGGGAAGGCUGCAGCACAAGGACCCAGAGGAAGACCAAAACCCACAAAUCACCCAGAAAGGGCCGACGUCAACCACGAGAAGGCCACGUCAACCCCAUGGCUAAGCUCAGUCCCCUAGGAUUUGAGUCGAAAGGAGACCUCUUUGCGAAUAAAGGCUGCGCUCUAGAAGGAGAUGUGAUCACGGAGGGCGUCCCGUUGGUGCCCUACGAGCCCCUGGUGGAAAACGUUACUCCUACGUCGCCAGGAGCAUCGGGCACUUACUCGGACGCUCCACCUCCUCACACAGGUGCAACAAGAAAGCAGCAGCGAGGAACGGGGAAGAAGAGGCGACACUCCCGAAGACAAGAGAGACCGAAGAGCGCCUCCUCCACCUCCUCCUCGUCCUCGUCCUCGUCGUCAUCAAGGUCGUCCUCGUCGUCGUCCUCGCGGGCCUCAUCAUCCGGGGACUCGAGGUCGUCGCUCUCCUCCUCGUCCGAAUCGUCUGAAUCGUCUGAAUCCUCGUCGGAGUCAGAGUCAACAUCGUCUUCCUCGUCCGAUUCCUCUGAUAUUGAAGAUCUCAUUCUUUAACGAUUGGCCUCAAGUGAAAAAUAGACCCAUAUAUAUAUAUAUAUAUAUAUAUAUAUAUAUAUAUAUAUAUAUAUAUGUAUGUAUGUAUAUAUACAUAUACAUAUAUAUAAAACACACCAAAUUGCGUGGAAUUAUAUCCAGCAUUGCUAUUAAGUUAUCUAUAACAUUACAAACCGCAGUCACUGUAUAACAUCCGCAUUGUCGCCUUGCUUCUAUAUUCCAACAGCUUUUGGCAUUUAGAAUUAAAAAAAAAAAAAAAAAAAAAUGUGCCAUCAAGUGACGAUUCGCCCAUUACAAAAAGGGGAAAUAUUUCGCCAACUUUGUUUCGUCUUUCAGCGUCCUUAUAACGUAACAUAGAGCGGAGUGUCUGACACCUGAUGGCCAACGAGUUCAAAUGCAUCUUCUACACAACUACGAGAUAAUAGUAGAUAUCGUGUUGAUAUUGUUAACAGUAUUACAAACUUUAUAACAGAUACACACACACACGAACACACACACACACACACACACACACACACACACACACACACA